GCUCCGAAUGGAGAGGGGCGUUCGCGACAACUCAGCACCGCUACAAGGCAACAGCGCUGCAGUUGUGGCGGCGUGCGGACUAAGAUGGAUCGCUCUUCACCAUAUUAAUAAUACAAAAUACGAUUACUAAAUACAGUAUACAAAUACACCAAACCUCCCGUCCGCCUGCACCCGAACGCGAGAGCUGCUCUAUUAAUAGCGACCGAGUGGUAAGAAUAGGGCGCGGGGGAGACGUGUUAAAACACGCUGCAAAGCUGUCUGUCUUUGGCGAAUUUAACGGCGUGUGCAUUUUUUGUAAUGAUCGAUGUUUAGAUAAUCUUACUAGCAAUCGAUAUAUAUUAAACGUAGCACCGGUUACACACCAAAAACAGCAGCGCUGCGCUCAAAGUCGUGCGUUCGACGCGUGCACAACACAGGGAGGAGAGAGCGAGAGAUACGCCGUUAACUCACUCAACACACUCACACACUCACUCACACACUGACUCACACACUCACUCACACGCUCACUCACACACUCACUCACACGCUCACUCACACACUCACACACUCACUCACACACUGACUCACACACUCACUCACACGCUCACUCACACACUCACACACUCACUCACUCACACACUCACUUACACGCUCACACACUCACUCACACACUCACUCACUCACACACUCACUCACACGCUCACACACUCACAUACUCACUCACACACUCACUCACAUACUCACUCACACAUUCACACACUCACACACUCACUGACACACUCACUCACAUACACACUGACUCACACUCACUCACUCACACACUCACUCACACACUCACUCACACACUUACUCACUCGCUCACUCACACACUCACACACUCACUCACACACUCACUCACACACUCACACACUAACUCACUCACUCACACACUCACUCACAAACUCACUCACAUACUCACUCAACUCACUCACUCACACGCUCACUCACUCGCUCACUCACGCACUCACUCACACACUCACUCACACACUCACUCACACACUCACUCACUCACACGCUCACUCACUCACACAUUCACUCACUCACACACUCACUGACACACUCAACUCACUCACACACUGACACACUCACUCACUCACACACUCACUCACACACUCACUCACUCGCUCACUCACACACUCACUCACACACUCACUCACGCACUCACUCACACACUCACUCACACACUCACUGACACUCACUCACACACUCAACUCAACUCCCCACGCUCGCACGGAACGCCGCUCCGCCCGUGCUCGCAUGGUCAACAUACUCGCUCGCUCCGGCACCGCCUGGGGCGGCCUCUCCUUCGCCGUAUGCACGGCCCGAGGAGCGAGCAUGCCACGAGUUCGUCUUCAUUGAUGGCCCUGCGCAGUGGAACUAACUACUGCCUGGGCCGCCUUCUGCGCAUCACGGGCACCCGCCGAGCCAGGCUGAGGCGCUCCAGCAGCCUGCUGUGUCUGUCCGCCUCCGCCGAGUACUCUCACCGGGGCUCCCCGGCAGGACACGGCGCGGACCAUGUUGCCCCGAGCGGGCCAGACAGACACCACCAUCACCACCAUCAUCAUCACCAGCAGCAGCAGCAGCACCACCAACACCAACACCGGCAUCAACAACGCCUCCAGCAGCAGCAGCAUCAGCAGCAGCAGCAGCGCCAUCAGCAGCAGCAGCAAGAUCACCACCAUCACCACCAAUACCUCCAGCAGCAGCCACAGCACCAGCAGCAGGAAUCUGAGCAUCAACGUCAACAGGAGCACGACCACUACGACCAUCACCACAAUCAACUUCCGUAUCACCACCUCCAGCAGCAGCAACAGCAGCAACAACAACAACAACGGCAACACAUCGAACAGCACUACCACCAUCAUCAGCAGCUGCAGCAACAGCAGCAGCAGCAGCAUCACGAAUACGACAUCCCUCGCCAAAGCUACUACCACACCGUCAAUCUCCAUCAUCCUAAUCAUCAUCUCCAUCAGCAGCAUCAUCCGCAGCAGCAGCAGCAGUAUCAGCAACAGCAGCAGCAGCAACAGCAAAGCCAAUUCCUUAAUUCCGAGUUAUACAAUCACCCCUACUUUCAGCAACACAAUCAACAUCAUCACCAUCCUCCUCAUACUCUUCAUCCUCAACACUAUCAAUCACAGCAGCAGCAGCAGCAGCACCACCAGCACCUGCAGGAACUUCAACUGCGAGCCCUCCAGCACCAACAACAGCAGCAGCAGCAUCAGCAUCAUCAGGCGUGUGCGGGGGGUACGAGGAGGAGACGGUGGGGGGUUUGGACACCCCUGCGACGCUGGGGGACCAAGUGCCUGGAGAAUUGGAGAGUUCGUUUGGCCGGGGCAAUGAAACGACAGAACGCGCGUACUCUCACGCUCAUCGCUGUCACAUUCGUCUAUCUGCUGGUCGGCGCAACAAUUUUCGACGCUCUCGAGUCCAAGAACGAGGAGGUGGAGAGGGAGAGGCUACAGAAGCGAGAGAAUCUCCUGCGAGGCAAGUACAACGUAAGCAGCGACGACUGGAGGGAACUCGAGCGAGUGGUCAUGCUGUCGGAGCCGCACAGAGCCGGCGUGCAGUGGAAGUUCGCCGGGUCUUUCUACUUCUCCAUCACCGUCAUCACCACCAUCGGCUACGGACACUCUGCCCCCGGCACCACGGAGGGCAAGGUCUUCUGCAUGUUCUACGCGCUGCUGGGCAUCCCGCUCACGCUCGUCAUGUUCCAGACCCUCGGCGAGCGGAUGAACACAUUCGUGAAGCACCUCCUGGAGCGCCUCAAGUGCUGCCUGGGUCUCCGCGAGACAGAGGUGUCCACGCAGAACAUGGUGACGGUGGGGCUGCUGUCGUGCGCGGGCACGCUGUGCAUCGGCGCGGCCGCCUUUUCGCAUUUCGAGGGCUGGACCUUCUUCCAGGCGUACUACUACUGCUUCAUCACGCUCACCACAAUCGGCCUGGGCGACUUCGUGGCACUGCAGAAGAACGACUCGCUGCAGCGGGAGCCUCCCUACGUGGCCUUCAGCUUCAUGUACAUCCUCGUGGGCCUCACGGUCAUCGGCGCGUUCCUCAACCUCGUGGUGCUGCGCUACCUCACCCUCAACACCGAGGACGAGAAACGCGACUCCAAUGAGCGAGAGUCCCUGCGCCUGGCGGCGGACAACAACCACCAGCAGCAGCAGCAACAGCAGCAGCAGCAUCAGCAGCAGUACGUCAUCGACGGAGAAGAGACUCGCAGCAACGGGAAGGCGGUGAUCAUGCCCACGGCCACCACCACCGCCACCAGCAUCAGCAGCGGCACGAGCAGCGGCGUGGGUCGGUACCACGGCGCCGCGGCGCGCAACGAGGCCGGGCUGCGCUACGCGUGCCCCCAGCGGGGACACGUGGAGCGGCUCUCCCCGCCGUCUCGGCCGUCGGCGCCGCAGCAGCAGCAGCAGCGCCUCAACAGCAGCGCAGCGGCGCUGGUGCACACGGGGGCGUCAGCGUCGCACCUCGACGCCGGCUUCGGACGGAGCUCGCGGGGGGCCCCGCCAGGCGAAGAGCCCCCCACGCCGCCGAUGGCCUCGUCCGCGCUCAGCUCGUGCUCGGGCCUCUGCGGCUCAUGGAGGGAGUGCAGCGGUAGCAAGUGGAGGCUGCUGGGGAUUAGGCGACGCUCGCUUUGAUGGCGGUGGAGCGUACGGUGCGCGCUGUGUGUGUGUGGCACACGUGUGUGUGUGUGCGAUUGUGGCAUACACACGCACACACACACGCGUUUUUGUGUGUGUGCGUGUGUGGCAUACACGCGUUUCAACAGAGAGUUUCCCGCGGUGACGGUGAAUGCUGAACGCGAUCGCGUUCCUCUGCAUGGCAGUGUUGCCUGCACUUACGAAGCUGUGACUUCAGACGACUUACGUGAUGAAAUUGAAGCGGUUGAAUGUUCCCCGCCACCCCCCCCUCCCUACGCAAUCCCUCAUCUCCGCCUCCAAUUUGAGCUCUCAAACGCGACGGCAUUACAAGUUUGAAACUGUAAAAAUAAACCAUUGACUUUGUUUUAGAUCUUUAGAAGCACACAUGCGGGUAAGAGAAGAUUAAGAAUGAAGGUGGCGCAAGGUUCUUUAAAUCUACAAAUGUAUUUAAUAUUUUGUUUAAACCACUUGAGAAACCAAGAGACAAUGAGAGUCGCGUUUUCAAGGGUGACCUUGGGGAUACGUCUACCGAUAAGUGGCGAUGAUUGCUGCGCUAAAUUCCAAUUGAGUAAUUUGCGGGGUCAUUUUUGUUUUUCGUUUUGCCAAAUUUGGACUCAGACGCCAGCACUUACGAAUGUCCUUCUCGCGCAAUUUAAGUCAGGACAUGUUUAAGGUCCAACCGCGUAGUAUUAUGAUGGUUAUUACACCUGCAGUAUCAACCAGGGUGGCCACUGGAUUCGAACCGCGAACAUCUGCAACAAGUAGGCCACUUCAAGCCGCCAAUAAUGCAUUGAAGUAAACGUAAAUGUAAAGCGGUUUUUCGCCGAUUGACACAUAUUGCAGCUCGCAGCAUGGAUCCACGCUUAUGAGGACUCAUCAGUGGGCCAGCCAUAGCCAAGUAAAAGAAUCAAUGAUCUCCCAAAGUGUGUGUUUUUUUAUAUAUCGGUCAGAUAACCACAUGAGCCAUGGGGCACCCAUUACCAUUGCAGCAACGUUGGAAAACCAUCCGUCACGCUGCCUGAGCGAUGUAUAAUAGCGAAACUAGAAAGGCUGAAAAAUUAUUUAACCAUUUUAUCUUUUUUUAUAGGCUUCUUCUGACGGCGUGAAAACGCAGUGGGGUACCUUAAGCUCAGAAUGAAUGCUCACGCACAUAUCUUGCACUGUGCGUUGCUGCCGUCCCGUGGUUCGCGUAUGGAUUGCACGCGGCAUGUUGUUUGAACCAACAGCACGAGCAUGGCUUAGUCCGCUCACUCGAAGCUCAGACUGUGUGGGCCGUGCCUGGGUGGCGUUUUGUGAUUUAAGCCCCUUUAGCCAUGGGCCUGGAGAUUGCUUCUAGGCACCACCCAAGGGUGGCAAAUGCUAACGCAUAAUAUUUUUUAAAACAAGUGAUCACACAAGUCCAACGUUGUAGCUUUUUUUGAAAGAAGAAAAAUUUAAUUAUUUGGGCACCGUCAUGUGUUUGAUAUAGAAUAUAAUUUUAUAAGAGAGAGAGAAAAAAAACCGGUCGUGAUAUGAAACAUCGAUGGAAUACGACAAUGAAUAGCAAGUGUGUGUAUAUUAAACAGGCGGUCAAAAAAAAAAACGCUUCGCUUUCUGCCCAAGGACGGAUACUGCCCAUUGAUGGACACUUGACAGCAUUUGCUACCCCAGCUGGUACCGGACAUCCCUUGGCGAACGGGCUCAUAGAGUGGGCAACCGCGCACGAAGGUGACAACCAUAACGAUCUCGGUCAACGGGCCCGAUGAUGCAAUUAACCCACGUGGCCCACUAGAGCUCGAUUGGGACAUUUAAGUUUGUGUUGCACCUAAGGCGACGUUUCGCGCGCGUCAUUUGAAAGACGCUUUCACGUUGGACGUUUCCCAGAUAUUGACGGGUUUUAUUGAGCGAGGGCAAUUGAUGGUUUCGCGAUUGUGUGUAUUGUUUUAGUUGUUGUCCUGCGUCCUCAAAGUGCAUCGCCAUGUAUCCCACGCACGUGUGGUUUGUAUUUUACAUUCGUAUUACCGGACCAUAUUCUCUGAAUUGUGAGAUACACCUCCAUCCCGCCUAAUUUAAAGCAAGCGUGCGGGGGCGAGUGUUAUAAUUUGGUUAAUGUCGUUGUGCAAUGUGUGUUUGCGUGUGAGACCACAUUUAUUUUACUGCAUUGAAACCGGGCAUGUGUCUGCAUUGCGUAUUACUUUUCCAGAGCUCUUAUAAUAAUCCGGAGAAUUCGGCAAUCAUCAUGGAAACAGCUUCGGCUCAGGGUCUUGCUAUUCACGUUGAAUGACUCAUCUCCAACUUGGCGUCAGAGAAAUUAUGAUACGGGCGACAAAAGGCAAACGUUUAACAAACAACGAUCCAAACAACAACAGCCCAAACAACAACAACAACAGCAACAGCGCGCGUUAUACUAAAUCCCUGCCAGCACAAACGUCCCCGAACGCAGGGGAAGAAUGGCGAAUUAGAACUGUGGGGUUGGUGGGAGCGGGGAUAAGAGAGGGGAGGAGGGAAGCUGAGCAAGGGCAGGAGAGUGAGAGAGAGAGUAAUCGAGAAUGGGCCUCUGAAGGCGCAGGGGAUAAGCGAGGGAGGUUGUUAGGAGAUAAUUUAACGUAGAGGGAGGGCGCAUGUGGAGGGAGUUCCAAAGGUUGGGGGCACAAUAGUUAUGUAGUACAUUGGCAUUCUUUUUAAUUAAUAAUAUAUUAUGUAUGUUGAACUUCGUUCGCACCGUACGUAGCCAACCGUGCCAAUCGGAGGUGCGGGGGGAAUGACAACGAACUAAAAACUAAAACUAACUCAACACAAAAAAGCAGUUUUACAGAAGUGCAUAGCUCCAGUGGCUUGCUAAUAUCGGAUGUAGUGACUUGCUGUGUAUAGACUGGGCACAGGUGUGGUGAGUUGUUGUGUAUAGACUGGGGACAGGUGUUGUGAGUUAAGAGAUGUAGACAGAGCUUUAAGGACAGAGCGUAAUUGACAUCGACGUGAAAUUGAUUGCUAUGUUGAUUAGCACCUGAAUUUGAGCUGAUAUUUGACGCUUCCAAUAUUUGUACGUGACGCAAACCUCGGGCUGCUUGGGGGCCCUAAGUUUUGGCUUGGUUCGCUAAUGCGUGUGUUGUGUUUAGUUUGUUUUUCCAUUACGCUAUAUCCACUGUAAAAUACGUGAUUACGUUUGAUUUUUUUUUUACAAGCAGCUUUGGUCGUAAAACAUAAUUCAUGUGCAAACCGCUGCAGUGUUUUGUAUCCAAUAGAGCUUAACACACACACUUUGCUUGUAUAGCAAAUACAAAGCUCCCACAUAUUUAGCCUUUAACAGACUGUCGGGGCAAGCGCGUGCCGUCAGCGUGUAGCCAUCUAUUGAGACCGAUACGGCACAAGAGGGGGUGGGUGAGUAGUUUGGUUCGUCCACGUGUUGACGUGUAUUUACUUUCACCGCUGCCAACACGCAGUAGCAGCAUCACCAAACCACUUGGCAUUUGAACAGGAAUUGGCGGACCGUGGUAGAGUUCAGUUUGGAAUCCCUAGGAUACAUUUACCGUGUUCUCCUAAUUAACAGGACGCAACGGUUUAUUGUUUAAAUGAUGGUACUGUAUAGGAAAGCGAAGCGUUAGAGAGUUCCUCUCAUAACCCGCGACUGCCUCGUUAUGCGUGGUGCCUGACAAUUGGCAAAUCAACAACAAAACGAACGCGGACGACGAAUGCGGUCGCCUUUCGAUGAAUACCCUCGUCGUGUCAUCAUUUGCUGCAGAUAAUCUUGGGAGAGCGUGACUGCCAGCAGCUGUUUGCAUGCCAAACGCGCGGUUUUGCAGGUUAAUGUGACAAUAUCACCUCUCUCUGCUUGCUCAAACACAGUCGCGCCGUGCCCAGCGAAUUCACGGCGUAUUUACUUAACCAUUGCUGCUCACGGAAAUGUUAAGUUAGAGACACAGUUUUGGGCCACCCGCUGCUGGAUAAAUGGCUCCCCAUGCGGCCUUAGUCUCGGGGUUACUGACUACAUCACCCCUCGAGUGACGUGCCGGCCUUCACAGGUCGCCAACAACACUUGCCCUUAACAGUUUCCUGAAGACGGCUGCUUGCGUUGUGGCCGAAACGUCGUGAGAAUUAUUUUAUUUUAUUAUGUUUUAUUUUUAUUAUUUUAUUACUUCCCUUCUACGUGACUUUACCGAAAGAACCAAGAAGAUGGAUCCCUGCAGUCACGAAAACUUUAAAUCGAAAUUUAGUUUCUUGAAAGUAUACGGGGGAUUUUUUUCGCAUUUUGUUUCACGGAUAUUGGGCCACAUCACUCCAUCAUGCUGCGCUGGCCUUCAUGUGUGCACUCUCCUCUGUCUGUUAAAGGCUACAUGGUGGCAUUGCGUCUAUGUCCAACGUGAAUUACUGUGGUGUGUUGCUAUCUAUACGUCACGUGAUACUCACACACACACACACACGGUGUCAUCUCCCUGUGUUCCACUCAUCAGAAUCCGCUCUCCUAAGUCACAUGGGACCAAUCAUCAGGCUUGUGCGGCGUGUAUAGACUACAUGAUGCAUGUGAACGCAGAUGACCGAUACAUGUGUCAAUACUUUUAGGGGUGGUUGUGCGACACCAGGGUUGCAGUUUGUGAGCCUCUAUUAUCAGGCGUGGCUCUGCACGUGUCCCUACACAUGUCAAUUACGCAAGCAGCAUGUGACUAAACGUACCGUGCACUCAUUAAUUUCGCUAAUUGCCUCGACUACUGUGAGGACUAUCGCAUGCCAGUAUAGUUCAGCUGCGUGUUCUUUUGUGCAACAUUAACCAGAGACCAUCAGCACGUUCAAACACAAUUCAUUAUCAGACAUUUGGCUGAUUGGGCCAUUUCAGGAAUAAUUACACUGGUCAACACACUUUUUCUGGCAUAAGGUAUUCCAAUGGUUUUAUAGUAAUUUUGGGGUGCUGAUUCCAGUUUUUGUCCAUCACAUCAGGUAUUUGAGAUAUCAAAUAUUGCACGUUCAAUAAAAACUGCAGAAGAAAAAUAUUAAAUAAAUGUGGAUAUCUUCAUAAAAUGAUAUUAUAAACACACUAUCCUAAAAAUACAGCACCAUAUUUUAACACUAAAGCGGUCACUGACUCGCAACAACUUGCAAUCAUAAGUGACAGAGUUAAUUUCGGGUAAAAUCAAUGAAAAUGGGGUAAGCCGAUAGCAUAAUAAGUAAACCCGUAAAAACAAAGUUUUUCACUCUAAAUCCUUUAUAUGCGUGGCGGCUAGAGUCCUCUCGUCCUCUGGCUUGAGAUGGCUGCCACCUAUGGGUCAGAUGAUUGUCUGCAGUAUUAAACAAUUGGUAAUUAAAUAUAAUAUUUUUGUCCUAUAAAGUGUAAAAUUUUUGAAAAAAAUUUUCACGAACAUUAAUUGUCAUGCACAACGAGUCUGUGUGGAAAAUGUCAACUCGAUUGGAUCAUGGGAAGUGGGUUAAAAAACGACCGAAAGAUUUACACGGCCGUAAGCAAGCAAGCAAGCACGCAAGCAAGCAAGCGAACUUAAUAUACAUGAUUUAAAAAUGAUGUGAUAUAGCAAAUCUGACAUCAGAUUUGGAAUCAGCACCCUGAAAUUAGUCUAAAACAGCUGCAAAAGUCCAGGCCAGAAAAAAAUGUUGUUGUUUUGACCAGUGUUAUUUAUCCGACUGAGCAUUGAGCCCACGGCCCAAACAUGUCUCAUAGGUACCGCUCAGGGUGGCAAAUGCUAACAAUUAUUUUUUCGAAGCAUUGUAUCUAUGGAUGGCAGCAUCCGCAUGACAGCGAAGUUACCGCGGUGGCGUUUAACGAGAGGACAAUAUAAUUGCCAUGGGUGACGUGGUGUGCUCGACAGAGAGAUAUACUCAUGUUGUAAGAAAGUAAACGCGCGCAGUGUCAUUAGAAACAACUUACGGAAUACGAAAAUGUGAGAGGAAGCAUGUCUAUAAACAGACGGCGUGUGUAGGCUGUUUUAUGCCCACUCUGGACACUGUCCAAGUUGGACACUGGUAGCAUUUGCCACCCCCCAGCUCCCUCUCUGUUCAUGGUCUAUCACAGGACUUUGUGCGUGAGUCACGCCAGCUCGCCGUUUAACCAUGGGACUGGAUGACAACAUCGAAAGCUCGCCCAGCGCUCAAUCGAACGCGCGCGUUUGCGUUGCCUGAUUUCUCACCAACUCACCAGGGGAAGAAUGCCUUCUUCGGCGUUGAGAAACUCCCCGUGUUUAACAAGAAAAAGAGAAAAGACUUUAAAAGUUGAACCGCCGUAAAUGCUCUUCGCCUAGGAGGAGGCGGCGGUGCUACAACGGCUGAUGAGUGCGCCCCUAACCCUGAGCCACUUUACAACGGAUGAGAAUGCUCGACUCCGACUUGCCGCUCGUAAAUCUACCAAAGCGCCUCGAGGCGCACGCUACCACGUGUCGAAUCGCGUGUGUGUGAAUCCACGAUGGAGGUUUUUUUUCCCCUUCAUUUUAUUUCGCGCAUUGCAUUUAACGGGUGCGCACCGACAUUGCAGCCACGUGCGGCCACCACAUUGACCGUCAGCGUUCUUGUUUUAAAGAAUCAAUUAUGUCGAUGCAUAUCGCGGCCCCAUGAAUCGUCGUCACGCCUCGCGUCGUCGCGGACGGGAGCGUGCUGCUCGUGACGAGCAGAGAGUUGGUCAUCACCAUGGGGUCUCGCGUCGCUUGGAUGUGGGUUAAUAUUAGAGAGGGUCAACACGAAGUCGUUGGUUAGGAUCAGUGGGAGGAUAAGUACUCAUGGCUGUUUGCUUGGAGUUAUGGUGAAUAAGAGGGCCAUUCCUUGUCGCUAUAAUUUGUUUGGAUAAUCUGCACUGCUCCCAAACCGCUUGCUUCUCCCCAUUUAAACUUAGCACCUUUUCAGUUUCCUAUCCGAUGUCCGCACCACGUGGUGCGUGUUGUGUGUGUGUGGGGUGCGUGUGGCGCGUGAGGUCAUGUGGUGCGUGGGCUCGUGUGGAGUCGUGUGGUGCAUGGGGGCAUGUGGGGUGUGGGGUUGUGUGGUGCAUGGGGUCGUGUGGGAUCGUGUGGGUUUGUGUGGGAUCGUGUGGGUUUGUGUAGUGCAUGUGUUGUGUGGGGUCCUGUGGCGCGUGGAGUCGCGUGGGGUGAGUGUGCUGCUUGUGCCCAGGACGCUGUAACUUGAUUGUACAUCGGCGUCGUUAACAGAGACGCCAUGUGUGUGUGACAAACGCAUCAGAAUGGCACGGCCUCUCGCAGUGGGUGGCUAAGAGCUCUGGAUGGCCGGUUAAAUUUUUCUACGUAACUUAACGUAAUAUUUUGGCGUGGUUCCGCAUACUUUGUUUAUUUGCGUGGUCAAUUUCUACGGGGAUCUGCGCGGUUUUCAGAGUUGUUUGUGAGCUCGAUUUUGAAAACGCAGUCGCUUUUUACACAUUGCGUAAUGUUGGCCACUCAAUUGCUCCUGAGACCAAAACAAUGCCAUCGGCAUUUGGACUGAGCAUCCAUUAAAUCCUUACACCCCAUCGAUGCAACCGAUCCGACGCGACCGCUGACAUCGAGUGCGUCAUUGGCGCUCGCCUGCAAUAACUUACAGCGUGUGGGCGUUGUUGGAUCGCAUAUGAGAUGGGGCAACGUCAUGCGCUCGAGAUACCUGCAGUUCAAGGUGCUGUCCGUUUGGGGGCAGCACGCACGCAGAUUGGCUAAAUCGUUCGUGAAAGAGGCCCUCCUGGAAAAAGAAAACUAGCCUUUGCUUGACUUCCUGAGCAUUGUCGCGGGUGAACAAUUAAAUUGAUUGUACAUAUGACUCCGUUAAUCUCCGAAAUAACUCAUUUGUAUUUUUCACACUUUGCAUACAAUUAUCGGCAUAAGAUUCCAAUUGCGUGGGUGUUGAGGGCCAGCCCUUGUUUGAAGAGAGGCGCGUUACCCACAGCUAAAGUAUCCUAAAAAAACAAUUGAGAUUUUGAGAGAAUGGUCAAAUGAACGUAUACGUAAAUGAGACCUGUAAUCAAAAAGGGGAGAGGGUAUUUUGGCCGAGCAUCUUCCCCCUUUGGCCAGACGUCUCGGAACAGGUGUGAGUCGUGUACCCACAGGAGACGGCUACGCAGUCAUUAAUUCGAUGCACAUUGUGAUGUAUCACAAAGGCUCGUGCCAGCCGAGAAAAAUCUGACUUCAUAUCAACCUCACCAUCAUUGAAUUGCCUGGACCAGCACCAGGAACUGAAUGUACGCAUUGCACCUCGUCGAAUAUAUCCAGGUUAUGUAAAAAUGUAUGUAAAAAAAAGCUAAGAAAAGUGGGUUGUAAUUUAAAUAGGGAGAAUAAAAUUGUAGUUUUUUUUUUCUAUAUGCUGCAACAAUGCACUAUUGUACGAUGAUGUCCUAACUUGCGGUGUGUGUGGGUGACGAUGGCGCCACAGAGCGUCAAGGGGGUGUUUCACUGUAUUAUAUAACCUGUAAAUGAUGCUUGUUUUCUAUCAGGCUUUGCAAUAAAGAGAGACGUUAUUUACGCAGCGACAAAAAGAAACCUGGCUGCGAUGCACACAAAAAAAC